UUUGAAUCGAUUGGCUGAAUAUUUAUACUCCAUUUUGAAAAAAAUUUAUUUUACAAGCAGCUGUAACUCACAAAGGAACAAUGGAAAAUAUACUACCUUAUAAAAACGGUGGUAGUGAGAAUGGGAAUGGAAAGAAUAAUUCUAAAUCAGCAAAAGGAAAUGGUGAUGAUAAACAUAUUGUACCUAUACCAGCAAUGCAGAAAUAUAAAGCGAAUACAGGCCUACGGCCACCCAAAAGAAUUGCCUAUGGAAGUAAUGGGCGACAAAUCAAAUUAAAAGCUAAUCAUGUCAAAUUGAAUAUUAGUUUGGAAAAUCUUUAUCAUUAUGAUAUUGAUAUAACUCCAAAUAAAAUUCCAAAAAGUAUAAACAGGCUGAUCUUUGAGCAUGUUGUUAAGGAAAAUAGAGAACAAUUUUUCAAAGAUAAUGUUGCUGCUUUUGAUGGAAAUAAAAAUUUUUACACUAUAAAGAAAAUGCCAUUAUCUGAUAAUGAUGAAUGGACAUUAAAGAGUGAAUUUAUGUUAGAAGACCGAAAAUUUGAAUACAAAAUUAAAAUUAAAUAUGCAACAGAAGUGAAUUUAUAUCAAUUAAAAGAGUUCUGGGAGGGCAAGAUGACUGAUAUGCCCCAGGAUCCUGUUCAAGCAAUUGACGUUGCUAUGAAACAUAUUGCUAAUUUAAGGCAAAUUCCUGUGGGAAGAUCCUUAUAUUCUCCCCCCGAUGCCAUGAAGGAUUUAGGUGAAGGAUGCGAACUCUGGAUGGGUAGAUUUCAAAGCGUCAGACCAACCCAAUGGAAAAUGACUCUUAACGUAGAUCUUGCUGCAACAGCUUUCUACCAACCAAUUUCAAUGAUAACAUUUAUAAACGAAUUCUUUAGGAGUAGACAACCAAUGGUAAACCUCUCGAAUUAUCAGAGAGUUCAGCUCCAGAAGGAGCUUAAAAAUUUGAAAGUAAGAGUGAACCAUCAAGGAAGCGUCAAGAGGACCUAUGUUAUUAGGGAGCUAACAAAGGUUCCCGCUACUCAACUCAGCUUUAGCAUGGAAAGAGAUGGAAACAAGGAAAACGUAACAGUUGCUGACUACUUUUCCAAUCACUACCACCAACAAUUGAAGUAUCCGAAUCUACCUUGUCUGAGAGUUGGGAGCUUACAGAAGCAGAUAUAUUUGCCAAUGGAGGUUUGCACUUUGAAAGAUGGGCAGAAGAAGAACAAUAAGCUCAGUGAUAAUAUGGUCGCUAAUAUGAUCAAGUACACAGCCAUCCCAGCACCAGAAAGACAGAAGAAGAUAUUGGGCCUGAUUAAGGAGGCCAACUUCAAUUCAGACCCAAUCAUGAAAGCUUUCGGGAUUACUGUUGACGACAAGUUGAUGGACGUGGAUGGUAGGGUUAUAGACCCCCCUACUAUAUCCUAUGUCGGAAGAAACACUAGUAUGGCCAGUAUAAAUCCACAAAAGGGAGUAUGGGACAUGCGAAAUGGUGAGAAAUUUAUCAAAGGAUCCACUAUAUCUAAUUGGGCAUUGAUGUGCUUUGAAAAUCAGAAUAGGUGCGCACCUCCUAUGCUAAAAACUUUCUUUUCCGAGCUAUCUAAAAUAGCUACAGAGAUGGGCAUGAAGUUCAAUCCUGCCCCAGUCUUCAACACCUAUGUUAGGGAAAUAAGCGAAGCUGAAAAUGUAUUCAAUCACAUUAUCAGGCAAAGUCAGACUAACAAUACACAAUUGGAUCUCAUCGUGGUUAUUUUGCCUGGCAGGAGUACACUUUAUGGUGAAAUCAAACGAUUAGGAGACGUUGUUUUUGGAGUUGUUACACAAUGUAUACAGGGCAAGAACAUUUUUAGACCAAAGCAAAGCCUGUACGUCAACCUCUGCCUCAAGCUCAACGCCAAAAGCGAUGGCAUCAAUGAUGCCGUUCAGUUUCCUUUCAAGACUACACUCUUCAAGGAUCCCGUUAUAGUUUUUGGAGCUGAUGUUACGCACCCCACCCCAGGGGAUAACAAAAUGCCCUCCAUAUCAGCCGUUGUGGCAAGCAUGGAUUCUUACCCUCACAAAUAUACUGCAGUGGUUAAAGCCCAAGGUCAUAGGGUCGAAAUUAUAGAGAAUUUAAGCGAGAUGAUCACCAUUUUACUAAAGCGUUUUUACAAAAGUACUGGGGCCAAACCUAGAAAAAUAAUUUUUUACCGUGAUGGUGUGAGUGAAGGCCAAUUUCUCCAGGUUUUGCAGUUCGAAGUAUGUGCAAUUCAAAAAGCUUGCUCGAUGUUGGAAAAAGAUUAUCAACCCCUGAUAACUUUUGCGGUUGUACAAAAAAGGCAUCAUACCAGAUUAUUUUGUGCUAAUCAAAGAGAUGAGUGCGGUAAAAGUGGAAACAUACCACCAGGAACAAUAGUAGAUAAAGGGAUAGUGCAUCCACGAGAAAACGAUUUCUUUUUAUGUAGCCAUGCUGGGAUACAGGGCACAUCUCGCCCAACUCAUUAUCACGUCUUAUGGGAUGACAAUAAUUUUAAUGCAGAUGAUUUCCAAAGUCUGACUUAUGCAUUAUGCCAUACAUAUGUGCGCUGCAACCGAGCUGUUAGCAUACCAGCUCCUGCUUACUACGCACAUCACGUGGCUUUCCGUGCUAGACACCAUAUUGGAGAUAUGAUCAUGAGUGACACCGCCUCAUCUUCCACUCAUGCUAGUGAUUCCACCCCAACUCUUAAUUUAGAGAAACUUAAUGCUGCUAUCACCAUUCAGGCUAGUACAUCACAAAAAAUGUACUUUGCUUGAAAAAUAUGGCAAUAUGUUAAACCCUACCCGGAUGAUGCUAUUAGUACUUAUGUAUAGUUUUAUAUAUUAUGAAUUAUAAUGUUAAAUACUUAUAGCAUUUUUUAUUUUUCUUAAUCUCAUUUUUAUACCAAUAAUUUUUCAUUAUACAUUUCAACAAAAUGGUUGGAUUGUUAAUUUUAUUAACAUUUCAUAUAAUAUAUCUCCCAUUUAAAAUUAUUCAGCGUUAUUUUAAUUUAUAUAUAUAUGAUUUGCAUUAUAGGAUAUUAAUGUUCAAUAUACAUAUUUUUUAUUAAAAUUAGAAUUUAUAUCAUCCACUCACAAAAUAUAUGCUCAAAUUUUAUAUUAU